AUGCUGGAGACUGACAAGAAAGUGACGAGAGAUCGUCCUAGAACCAGGCCUGCUGGGAUUGUGAUUCGGGAAGGGGAAACGCAACAGCAGCAACAGCAACAUGACAAAGUGGUCCCUGGCCCUCGUACGAAGGCGUCGGGCAAGAACAAGUCUGGGAAGGAGUAUGCUGUACGUCCCAAGCCGGGGUUCAAAAUGGGAAUCAGAGAGCUUGAAGAAAUGCUCUUUGAUAAGAAAAGAAGUAACCAGGAGAUGAUGACGGAAGCGGAGAGCCAGCCACUGCCACCUAAGAAAUUAUGCUUUGAUAAUGCUUCUUUGCAGGAUGUUGGCUUGGAAAAUGAUGAUUUGUUGGAGGAAGAGGCGCAAGAGGCCGAGCAGCUAGGAGAUGAGGAUGGUGAAGGUGAUGAUCCGGUGGAGGAAGCCAGCCGUGAGUGGCCCCGAGAGGAUAAAUGA